CUGCUCUGCACACCGUAAAGCGGAAGUUAUCUGCUGCACACGCCCCCAUCAGGAAAAUAUUACAAAUCCGCUACAGGAGCAGCUUAGUGUAGACUAUUAGGAACGUACGCAAGGGAGCUGAAGCAAGUUAGUCUGUAAACAAACCCGAAGAUCAGAAAAAAUCAUGCCGAAGCAUGAAUUUUUUGUAGACAUGACCUGUGAAGGCUGUUCAUCUGCUGUUACACGUGUCCUGAACAAACUAGGAGGUGUGCAGUUUGAUAUUGAUUUAGCAAAUAAAAAAGUCUUCAUCAACUCCGACCAUGAUGUAGAUGUUCUGCUUGAGACUUUAAAGAAAACUGGAAAGGCAACCACUUAUGUGGCUCAGGAAGAUGUAAAGUCUUAAAAAUGAGGAUUAUGGCAGAACUGAUGAAGAAAUACUAAAGUGAAGAAAAAUGAACAGCCUUUAAAUCUUUGGGGAAGAUUGAUGACUCUGAAUGUUGUUUGGGAUUAAAAUGUAUAUUAUAUUCCAUGUAUACCAACAUAUUUUUUAUUUUAAAAACAUUUUAUUUCAGAAAUGUGGUGAGGUUUAUUGCAGAUAAACCUCAGUUUGAGAUUAAAGAUGUUUUAUAUUCUGGUUAGAUGACUUUUGGCAGAAUUUCAUUACCUUCCUUCCAUCUGAAAUUAACUGGGUUGGGUGAUCUCUACAAAGCUUGAUUCCUUAAUAUUUUUAGCACUUAAAAUUGUCUUCAAACAUUUUUCAUUUCUUCUAGAUCAGACUUAAAGUUGAUAGUUCAUUACAAACUGAUGUUAUUAUAAUAAUAAAAUAGUUAAAAUCUGAUGUAAAACCUUGAUUGUGGCAUCUGAAAGUUGACUAGAUCAACUUUCUAACUAGUCAACAUGCAUUUAGUUAGUCUUAUCAGCUUUAGUGUCGAAUUUCACUUAACACUAGUAAAAUAUUUAAUUUGC